AUGGCGGAAAAACCAGUCCAAGUCGACGAAGGUGCUUCACCGUCGUCUCCCACCUCUGCUUCCGUUUCGAUGCCUGCAUCAUCUUCCACCUCUGCUUCCGUUUCGAUGCCUCCACCAUCUUCCACCUCUGCUUCCGUUUCGAUGCCUCCACCAUCUUCCACCUCUGCUUCCGUUUCGAUGCCUCCACCAUCUUCCACCUCUGCUUCCGUUUCGAUGCCUGCACCAUCUUCCACCUCGUCUUCUACGUCUGCGUCAUCUUCCACCCCGGCUUCUACUGCAUCAUCUUCCACCUCUGGUUCUGUUUCCGUACCUGCGUCGUCUUCCACCUCUGAUUCUAAGCCUGCGUCUUCUUCCAGCUCUUCUGUUUCAGUAGCAGCGUCAGCUUCGGCUUAUGUUUCCGCUUUAUCAUUGUCGGCAGCAUCGGCAACAGCAAACACAUUAGUAUCGGCAACGGAGUUGAAGUCGCUUUCGGAGUUAGCAUCAGCAGCAUGGGCAACGGACUCAGCACCCAAAACAUCCACAUCAUGGGCACCGCAACCGGUACCCACUUCAUCUUGGGUGCCACGGAGACUGGAGGACGAGUUACCGAUAAAGCUGGAAGGAGUGAGCAAUGUAUCUGCAUGGAAAAAACAAGUGGUGCGUGUAUUGAUCACAGAAAACUUGCUAGGGUUCGUGACAAAGCCUGGGACCCCUAAAAAAUAUGCAAGCGAAAAGGAUCGUUCUUGUGAUAAGGUAAGGGAGGAGUAUCGGCAGUGGGUUAUUGAAGAUGAAAGAUUGCGCAGUUGGCUGCUAUCAUCUUUAUCUGAAAAUAUGUGUUGUUUUGUGAUCGAAAAGGAACAUGCAUGGGAGGUUUGGAGUGAAGCGCUGGAAAUCUGCCGUAAUGAGUUGUUAGAGAGUAUCAAGAUUGCCCUAAGGGAUGAGAUCGAGAACACGAAAGAGAACAAAGGAAAUCAAACUGUGAGAGAUUUUGUUAACAGGAUCACUUGUCUCGCUAACACGUUGAUGGCUUUGGGAGACGAAGUGUCUGAAGAAGAACAUGUUGACGCCCUCUUGCAAAGUUUGCCGGACCAGUAUGAAGCUUUGCGAGCGUUCAUUCGUGAUCGUCGUGCACGUCGUGGUGAAGGCAGUAACUAG